AUGGAUGUGCACAAUGCCUUCCUACAUGGGGAUCUUAAGGACGAAGUAUACAUGAAACUUCCGCAAGGUUUUAAGUGUUAUGAUCCGAGCAAGGGGAUAGAACUCAUAGUUUUGAUCUACGUUGACGAUUUGCUGGUAUGUGGCAAUGAUGAGAAGAUUGUGAACAACUUUAAAGAAUAUUUGAGUGCGUAUUUUCACAUGAAGGAUUUAGGGAAGUUAAAGUAUUUUCUUGGUAUCAAAGUGGGUCGUGUUGAAGAAGGUUUCAUGUUGAUUCAGAGAAAGUACGCGCUAGACUUAAUUGUAGACGUUGGCUUGCUUGGGUCAAUACCGGCUUCAACACCUAUGGAACAGCAACACAAGUUGGGGUUGGAUACAAGUCCAUUUAUACGAGACGCUGAGCAGUACAGAAGGUUGGCACCAAGGGAGAAGCAAUGGGAGGUUGCUCUACGGGUGGUUAAGUAUCUCAAAGGAACCUCUGGUCAGGGGAUCAUGUUGAGCUCGAAAACUGAUCUGAAUCUGUCGGUGUAUUGUGAUGCAGACUGGUCUGCGUGUCCUAUUACGAGAAGAUCGUUGAGUGCUUAUGUUACACUGGUGGGAGAUUCUCCUGUGUCGUGGAAUACAAAGAAACAGGGGGUAGUAUCACACUCGUCGGCUGAGGCUGAGUAUCGGUCUAUGGCUCAAGCGACAAGAGAGGUUAAAUGGCUACGGAGGUUGUGA